AAUUUGCAUCCUUGGCGCAUGCCUCGCUUUAGUCUCUGAAUAUGGCCACACAUGGACGAUGCCGGGAAUGAAGGAGAAGCUAGGAGAGCAUCCAGCUCCAGCAGUGGAGGUGGCGGCUUGCCAGUGAAGCCGGUAAAGCGCCUGUCGCAGGCGGCAAGUGACAGCAGCGGAGAUUCGCCAAGGCGUGGCGCUUCUCCUCGCGAGGCCGAGGACAGACGGAAGCCUCACGGCAAGACAGCCACAGAAGCCAUUCAGGCAAUUCCGCAAAGACGACGAGGUGCUUCAGAGGAAACCUCCAGUCCAAGUGUUUCACGGACCCCCUCUCGUGGCAAGAAGCUGCUCAACGGGAAUGACCGAACGCCUUCUCCCAAGGGAGGUGCUUCCAAAGGUGCUCGAGCUUUGAGCGCUCGAGGAGAACGUUCAAACACCUCGCCAGAGACAACCGAGCAAAAGGCGCAGUCAAGGCCGGCCUCAACUAGUCCUUUGCGCGGGAUGCAUGUCCGGAGUGCAAGCCCUGUGGCGUCCACAAAAUGUAGUAAGGAGCGAGAGAAGAUUGGUCGCGCUCGUGCAGCAGCAGCUGGGGUCAAAAAGCCGCCGGUGGAAGCUCCAAAGUCAGUCACAGGCAGUUUCCUUUUGGAGCAAUCAUUGGCGUCGAAAGAGCUGCUUAACAAGCAAAGGAAGGAGUGGAUGGCGGCUGUGAAGAGAACGCAGGAUUCAACUGCCAAAUAUGUUGCGCAGAAGCGCAUUGCAGCUACAAAUCCGAGCGUUGCAAGUGAGGCGCACGAACGAGCUCAGCUGAUACGGCGUGCUCAAGAAGACAACUGGCUGGAUCACCUCCGUGCUGAGGAGAGCAAAGCAGAACCUCGCUCCAAGACGCCACCAAAGGCCAGAUCGCAACCCCCCAUGCCAAAGUCGAGUGUAACUGGCCCUACAAAAAAGAAGGUCGUUGGGGAGUUCAAAAAGAUGUUGCUGGAGAAAGGAGGCAACUUUGUCCGAGCAUGGCGGUACCUGCUGGACCCUGACUGUCGCGGUCAACUCACGCUGCCACAGCUGGCGCAGAAAUGCCGUGAACUUGGGUUUCAGGAAAACGUUCGCACGCUUUGGUACGCCCUCAAUGGCCCUUACGGUGAUGCUGCAGUUACCAUGGGAGAGGUUGACUCUGAGACCGAGGCGAUCCUGAUGCGAUUUCGUGCAGCUCUCCUAUCGCGUGCUCUAGAGUUGGGCUUCCCCAAGAAAUACACCAGCACUGAAGUACCCGAUUUGGUGGCCCAUUCCAUGCUCCGUAUCCUGGAUUUGGACCGCUCCUACAGGCUGACUCGCCGGGAGUUCGUGUGUGCGGUGGUCCUGCAAAAGCUUGCGACUCCUGAAGAGGCUCCUUUGCUGUUCGAAAUGCUUUGCCAUGGCGAGCCAGGCUGCCAUUCCCAUCAUUCGGCUAACGCUGUUGUGAAAGUUGAUGCGCUGAAGUGGCUGUACUUGGUAGCAGCACGCGCAGAGGAUCUUCCAUCUACAUCGGAAGGAAAGAAGGGUGCCAAUUCAGAGAAAAGUGGUUUUCGGACUUUGCGCCGAGUCUGGACUGAGACACCUGCUGUUUUCAAGCGACUUAGAGAAGAACAAGAGAAGAAGGUGGAGGAGAUGUUAAAAUUACAGAAAGAUGCCCCUCAAGUGGAAGCUGCACGGCCGGCUCAAAACUUUGACGUACAUAAUUACCUUUACGAGGAUGCCAAGCGGCGCGAGAAUGCUCGCCGGGAGGCCUCAGAACCAGCGCCAAUCAAAGCUGUCCGUGCUCAUGAUCCAGAGUACAUCGAACGCCUGGCACAGAAGCCUGCUCCGAAGGAAGCCGAGGAGGCAUCAGGGAAGAAGCGGCCUGUGAACAUGAGCCGCCUUACACAAUUAGCGGACGAGCGGAGAAUGUGGUAUGAGCAAAGAGAGCGGCAAAGGGAAGCUAAGCUGCAGGAGGAAGCGCAAGUUUGCGAACAAGCUGCUUUGCAACUCAGAGAGGAAGUGGCAAGGAAGUCCAGGAUGACCAUCGCAGUCCGGAGAUGGAGACAAAUGCUUGCUCAGGUGGUCAUCAUUGCGGCUUUCGCUCCUGGCCUCAAUGCAGAAGCUGGCCAGGGAGGUGUUUGGCAACUCCUGGCGCUUGCAGCUGGAAGCUCCAAGGCUCAACUGCGGCUUGCUGAAGACCAUGAUGACGCUCUGUCAGUGGCAGGUGGUGCCAGCUUGUGCUGGAAAGAUCGAGCGCGCAUCACAAUGGCAGCGCGACUGAAGCUCCUGGUGAGAUUCAAACAGGUGGAGGAGCAUUGGGGCUGUGCGUUGGAUGAGCUGCUGGAGGACAUGAACCCAGAACCUCCGGACCUUCAGCAGUUGAAGCCAGAGGGAGCCAAAGCCCCGGUUGGCCUUGCAGCAAUGCAACAGUCUGCGCCUUUUGAAUUUGCAGAGCGGAUCACGGUUUUGGAAUCGGAGCCAGUCUUGUCCGGCGACUGCCCACAGCCAAAGCCGGCAAAGCCCCGGCUGCUUAAUGAACGUCCAAAUGGCACACCCCCUCGAAGAGGCCGGAUGCAGCCAUCUGCUGUGCCACAGCGACCACAACAGCUUACCGUCUUUGAGAAGUGAUGCAGA